CCAAAGGUAAUUUUGAAGGUGGAACUUAAAAAAAGCUACAAUCUUUAGUCGGUUUGUGGUUUAAAAAAAAAAAAUCAAGUUUAAUGUUGACAACAACUCUGCGCAUGCGCAAAGCCCCUGUUUUGAACUUCGACGUAGCGCCGCUAGGGGGCAGUAGUUGUUCUUUCAGACUUCUACAACGUCUUGCCGCGCAACCCGCGGAAAAGCAGGAGAACAACACAGAGACCCUACAAGCAGCGAAACACAAUGAGUUUAGACGUGAAGAAACUGAAAGUGAACGAGCUAAAGGAUGAGCUCCAGCGCCGCGGCCUCGACACCCGGGGCCUGAAGGCUGACCUGGUGGAGAGGCUGAAAGCCGCUCUGGAGGCUGAAGCUGAGGGGGAUGCUGGAGAGCAAGAACCGCAAGAUGAGCUCAGCGAGGACUUCCAGGACAACGAGGACGGAGAUGACGCUCAAGAGCAACAAGAAGCAGCUGAAGACUAUGGUGAUGAAGAUGCAGAAGGUGACACCCCUCAAGGGGAAGAAGAAGGCGGAGACUCCGGUGGCUACUAUGAGGAAGAGGAGGCAGAAGCGGAGGCCGGCGAGCCCCAGCAGGCGCCCGACUCGGGUCUCCCCAUGCCCGACUUCACCGCUGACGAUGAUUUGCAGGGGUCAAGCAUGACCUUUGAGGAAGCUGCCCAACCACAGAUAAAAGUGGAGGCGGCGGCGGUGGAGGCGGCAGCGGAGGAGGAGGAGGAAGAGCAGCAUGCCAGGAGCACACAAGAAGUCAAAGUGGAAGUCAAAGCUGAAGAUGACGCCGAGCCGGCCGAGAGACGGGAGGACGCUCAGACGGAACAGCAGCCGGCACCAGAGCAGGUCAAGGUGGAGGGGGAACGAUCGGGGAGCUCUAGCCGCAAGAGACACUACGAUGAAAGCAGAGGAUACAGCUACUACGAGCACCGGGAGGACAAGAGAUCCCGAACACCACAGCCUCCAGCUGAAGACGAGGAGGAGGGCGUAGACGACACUCUGAUUACCAUCGACACAUACAACUGUGACUUGCAUUUCAAAGUUUCCCGAGAUCGUUACAGCGGUUAUCCGCUCACCAUUGAAGGCUUCGCUUACCUGUGGGCGGGAGCGAGGGCGACUCACGGCGUCGCCAAAGGCCGCGUGUGUUUUGAGAUGAAGAUCAACGAAGAAAUUCAAGUGAAGCAUCUUCCCUCCAGUGAGCCCGACCCCCACGUGGUCAGAAUCGGAUGGUCCCUGGACCACUGCAGCACUCAGCUGGGUGAGGAGCCUUUUUCCUUUGGAUACGGAGGAACUGGGAAGAAGUCCAGCGACUGCAAGUUUGCAGACUACGGCGAGAAGUUUGGUGAAAAUGACGUCAUCGGCUGCUACAUCGACUUUGAAAGUGGCGACGAGGUGGAGAUCGGUUACUCCAAGAACGGAGUAAAUUUGGGCGUGGCUUUCCGGACGACGAAAGAGGCCCUGGCAGGACGCGCACUGUUCCCACACGUGCUGGUGAAGAACUGUGCAGUCGAGUUCAACUUUGGACAGAAGCGGGAGCCGUACUUCCCCCCGAUGGAGGGCUACACCUUCAUCCACAACCUGUCUUUGGAGGAGAAGAUCCGAGGCUCGAAGGGACCUGCCACCAAGUCCGACUGCGAGAUUUUAAUGAUGGUGGGACUUCCUGCCUGUGGAAAAACCACAUGGGCCAUAAAGCACGCCGAGGCAAACCCGAAGAAGAAAUACAACAUCCUGGGCACCAACGCCAUCAUGGAUAAGAUGAAGGUGAUGGGUCUGCGCCGCCAGAGGAACUACUCCGGACGCUGGGACGUUCUCAUCCAGCAGGCCACCCAAUGUCUGAACAGGCUGAUCGAGAUCGCCGCCCGCAAGAGGCGCAACUACAUCCUGGAUCAGACAAAUGUUUAUGGAUCAGCAAGGAGACGAAAAAUGCGUCCUUUUGAAGGUUUUCAACGCAAGGCUAUUGUAAUUUGUCCCACGGACGAGGAUUUUAAAGAACGAACAUUAAAGCAAACCAAUGAGCAGGGGAAGGAUGUGCCCGAUCAUGCUGUGUUAGAAAUGAAAGCUAACUUCACUCUGCCCGAGCCUUGCGACUUCCUGGAGGCCGUGACCUUCGUGGAGCUGCAGCGCGACGAAGCCGACAAGCUGCUGAAGCAGUACAACGAGGAGGGCCGCAAGGCCGGCCCGCCCCCCGAGAAACGCUACGACAACAGGCAGGGGGGCUUCCGCGGCCGCGGCAGCAGCAGCUACCAGCGCUACGACAACCGCGACGGCUCCCGCGGCAGCUACCAGAGCCGCAGCGGAGACUCCGGAGGCGGCUACAGAGGAGGCUACAACCGCGGCAACUACAACCAGAACAGAUGGGGCAACAGCUACCGUGACGGGGGCUCUGACAACCGCGGCAGCUACAACCGCAGCCAGCAGUCCCCAGGGAGCUACAACCGCUCCUCCUCCUCUUCCUCCUCCUCCUCCUCCUCCUACAACAAGGGAGGAUACAACCAGGGCUACAGCCAGAGCUACAACCAAGGCUACAACCAAGGCAGCUACAACCAGAAUUACUAUGGCAACUACAGCCAGUACCCGGGCUACAGCCAGAGCUACAGCCAGCCGGCCGCCCCCGCACAGACGUACAGCCACCACCAGCAGCAGCAGGCGCCGCCGCCGCCAGCACAGCAGGCGCCGGCGCCACAGCAGCAGCAGCAGCAGAGCUACAACCAGCAGUACCAGCAGUACGCUCAGCAGUGGCAGCAGUACUACCAGAACCAGAACCAGUGGAACCAGUAUUACAGCCAGUACGGCGGCUAUCCUGGUCAGAGCAGCCAAGGCUCCUCUGGUUCCCAGUAGCUCCGCCCUCCGGCUGCACCAGCCCCGCCCCCCUCCCCAGCACCUCCGACCCCGAGUUUGUACAGUGUCACUAAACGUCCCCGCCCGCCGUCACAUUCCUCAGCCGUGUGUCCAGAUCCUCGUUCCGAGUCUUACUUUGAGCUGGAGGCGGCCGAUGGUCGGCGCGUCUCCGAACGUCUCAUGAAUGUCCAUAACGAUCCGUCGCCUACUCCUCAGAUCCAACAGAUUAUUGUAAAUGCUAGCAGCGGCGGGGGAGUGGCUGGAAGAACAACGUGCAUGCUUUUACUUUCACCGUCAGAGUGAGCACAUUUUAUUUACCGCCGUAGAAACCAGGAUUAUGAGGCUUUUUUUUAUUAGGUGUAGUAUUUAAUCUCGUCUGAUUAAGAAUUUUUGCCGCUUCUUUUGGGUGAUAAUCGUGUUUGCCUUCGUUGGCCCCGCCCCCUUUCCCCCCUUUGUGAUUGCUGUUCAUUGAGUCCAAUAGUUGAAGCCUGUAAUGCCAUUUUUUCUACCUGAAAAAAAGUGAUUUUGACCAUUUGCGCGAGCUGUUGUGUCUUUAUACAAUAAACACAGUUGUAAACACCUGUAAA